CCAAAAUGUGGUAUGGGAGGCGCAGACCUGAGGCUUCCGAGCUGGAAGAAACUGAGGAGGGCCUUCUACAGAGCGAGAAACUCGAUAGAGCCUUAAAAUCAAAGACAGAUCAGAAGGACAAGAGCUGCACACAGCGCUUGAUCUGGGGCUGGGUUCUUCAGUCGGUCAUGCUGGUGGGCUCCUUGACGUUACUCAUCCUCAGUUGGUAUGGCGAGCCAUCAGAAGUUGCAUGUACACGGAAGAUGUUUCCGUACUCACCCGCCCUGGAAGCCGUCGAAUAUCAUGAUGAGACGCUCCAGGGUGAGUUUAUGCAACCGUCGCCUUUUCGUGGAACACCAACACCCGAGAUUGACGCCCGCUGGGAGGAGAUUGCGGACGGGAACGCAUUCAAUGUUGCCUCUGAUAAGAUUCACCUUCUGAACAAGUCGAGCUCUGAGCCAUGGCAUCACACAGACCCGAAAUUUGGUGGAGGGAUCGCAGCCCAGUCUUGGGGUUACCACCAGCUGCAUUGCCUUAACCUUCUUCGGCAAGCGUCCUUUGAAGAGGAGUAUAGGAAAUCCGAGCGAUUGCCUGAAAUUCUCCGCGUCACCAAAGAAGUGCGCCGCAACCACCUUGAUCACUGUAUCGAAGUUCUUCGCUUGGAUAUGAUGUGCCAAGCUGAUGUGACGCCGUACUUUGUAAUGGAACCUGCGCCAGGCGAUACCUCUGAUGCGCUUCGCAUAGACUUUUCUGUUUUCAAAAAGUGCCGAGAUUGGGGGAAGAUUAAAGAUUGGAUGAGAGACCAAGUUGCUAUCCAAAGCAUCAGGGAUACGUUUUUGGAUGAACUGGGGCACGGUGGGCACGGCUAACAGGCCCA